GGCAGGCAGGCAGGCAGGCAGGCGAGGAGAGCGAUGGAGCCGCGGGCGCUCAUCACGGCGCUCAGCUUGUGCCUGAGCCUCUGCUCUCUGGGGCUGCUCGUCACGGCCAUCUUCACCGACCACUGGUACGAGACGGACCCCCGGCGGCACAAGGAGAGCUGCGAGCGGAGCCGCGCGGGCGCCGACCCCCCGGACCAGAAGAACCGGCUCAUGCCCUUGUCCCACCUGCCGCUGCGGGACUCGUCCCCGCACGGUCGCAAGCUGCUCCCGGGCUGGCGCAGCCCCGCGGCCCCUGAGGCGGCGGCGGCCGGAGGAGGAGGCGCAGGCGGCCCCGGCGGCCCCGGCGGCGGGGAGAGCGGCGGCGGCAGCCGCGGCGCCGGGCGGCCGGAGGACGAGUUGCUGCUGUUGGAGCACUGGCGGUCGCUGCUGGGGCUCGGCGUGCUGGAGUCCGAGUGCGGCCGCCCGCUCUUCGCUACCUACUCCGGCCUCUGGAGGAAGUGCUACUUCCUGGGCAUCGAUAGGGACAUUGACAACCUGAUCCUCAAAGGUAUUGCCCAGAGAUGCACAGCUAUCAAGUAUCACUUUUCUCAGCCAAUCCGUUUGCGAAACAUUCCCUUUAAUUUAACCAAGACAAUCCAGCAAGAUGAAUGGCACCUGCUUCACUUACGAAGAAUCACAGCAGGCUUCCUGGGAAUGGCUGCAGCCGUGCUCCUCUGUGGCUGCAUUGUGGCCACUGUCAGUUUCUUUUGGGAGGAAAGUCUUACCCAGCAUGUUGCAGGACUGCUCUUCCUUAUGACAGGGAUAUUUUGCACUAUUUCUCUGUGCACUUAUGCUGCCAGUAUCUCCUAUGAUUUGAACCGGCUCCCGAAAUUAAUUUAUAGCCUUCCUGAUGACGUGGACCAUGGCUAUAGCUGGUCUAUGUUUUGUGCUUGGUGCAGCUUAGGCUUUAUUGUGGCAGCCGGAGGUCUUUGCACUGCCUACCCAUUUGUUAGCCGGACCAAGAUUGCACACCUAAAGUCUGCCAGGGACUCCACAGUCUGACUGUUUCCAUUCAAAUUCAGUGCUCACCAGCCUGUUUUUGGCUCGGAGGACUUCUGAAGAGAGUUGAGUUGAAGCUCAAGUAUGGAAUCCAAGCACAAGUGGAUCCUUUACAUUCCAGCAUGUCUUCUGCCAGCCAAGAGGGAGGCAAGAGGGAUGCUACUGGCCUGCCUGGGUGACUGGCAUCAAAGAGAAAGCCCACAGCCAUUCUAAGGACAUGAAUACUGUGGAAUCAAGUGCUUUAAAGAAUUACGUAUGCAGUUUUCUGUAACGUUUGGAUGUGUCUCAUGGGGACAGCACCUGUGGAACAUUCCUUGGGCCAAUAAAGGGGGGAAAACCUCUUGCGGGGAGAAAAAGUGGAUGAUUUGCAUUUGUUUAAGAAAGUUUGUACAUAGCCAUUGCCCAAGGGAGUGAUUUCUAUUUGCAAAAUGAUUCUUAGCAAAGCAAACCUACUUUGUUGUCAUUUACUGUAUGCCUGCUAAGUUUUAAUGCAGCAUCUCCUGAACUCAAAGCUGACUGUCCUGAUGGUGUCUUGUGUCAUCACCAAAUAUCUAUGUAUUCUUUGUGAAUAUUCUUUGUCUAGGGAAGAUUCUUGCUCAGUUGGCUUUUAUUGAAGUCCCUUCUAUGUCUUUUUACUGGACCCAAAACGAUGUAUGAAAAACAAAAUCGACGAUGUAAGAGAUAGUAAGUGACUCUAUGCAGUAUUGUUUGAAGUCAUGUCUUGCUGUGCAAUUUCAGUCUCUUUAUGUUAAUUGGAUUUCAGUAUUAAAUGACUCCCCCCUUGUUA